ACUAUCUGUAUUUGUUCCCUGGAAUUUCAACCAGAAACCUGAAUUCAAACUGGAUAAACCGGGCUUAGCCGCUUUGUGUACACACUGGGAUUGCUCCACCGCGGCUUUUGUCUCAAGACAAAGGUAUCGUCAAGUGCACAAUCUUUGACAAAAGUGUAUCCGGAGCAAUGAAAAUGAAACGUUAUGCUUAGACUGGAGAGCUCGAAAUGCGACCAGGUGGAAAGACAGCCAUAGUGGUGAUAGUACUUGCCAGAACAGUAGCGCGCAAAGUGACCGUGGAAAUUGUGAUCUAGAAGCCGAUGGAGCGCUAUCUGGUGGAGAAGACGACUUGUAUUGGUUGACAAGAGCUGGUGCGCUAGGCAAUCCUUCAUGUCGUACUAGUGUUGAAGCAAUGCACUCAAAUUUUUGGUCCGUUAUGGGAGUCGAUGACGACAAGAUGCAAGUCGGGGUGAUGAACAAGGUAGUACAUUCGCCGAAGCUACAAUACAGUGUAUACCAGCAUAAUUGCAGUGACAUAAGCGGAAUGCCAGAUACAAAACCUUGUCUCCAAGCCAUGGCUCAUCGUAUUCGGAAAAUGCUUUUGAAUAGUCGAGAUUGUGGUGUGCGCCCCGAUACAUUGCCAAGAUCUGAAGUAAGAGCAAUUCGUAACUCCUUUGAAAGCCACACACCUAGCUCUGUAAACGGUGUUGUCGCAUCAACGGAGCAACAAGCCAUUAUAGAUUGGAUACUAUCAAAUUUGGACAAACCCAAUCCAGCCCAAACACUUACAUUGAUGCACGGAGGAGCCGGUACGGGAAAAUCUUUUGUGAUUCACAAGUUACGCGACGAAUUGCUCAAUCGUGGAUUAAAACUGAUUGUUACCUGCCCAACCGCAGCUGUUGCUAGCCAAUUCCCAGGCAGACAAACCUGCCAUUCUGCUUUUAAAAUUGGACGAGAUGGUGACCAUCUUUCACCCUCCAAACUAGCCGAACUGCGGCGCACUUUUGACAAUACUGUUGGUCUCAUCGUCAUAGAUGAAGUAUCCAGGUUAGGGAGUGAGUUUGCUGUCAACAUUGACAAACGAUUGCGAGUGGUUUACGAUUCUGACAUGCCGUUUGGAGGUAAAUCGAUUCUGUGGGCAGGCGAUUUUCUCCAGCUAGAGGCACUUAUGGGAACACCACUGUGCCGUGCGUUGUACAAGCUGAACCAGAACGUAGUCCUUAUCCAAGCACGGGAUCUCAUGAGACGCUUUCACGUUUUCUUUCUCAAUUCCCAGCAAAGAGUCCAUGAUUGUCCACAACAGUAGAAAAUCCUGGACGGUUUUCGGACUUUACCACUUACCUAUCCUGAUGGCUCCACUUCUAGCGGAUGUCAACAACUGAGUGAUGAAGUGAUUGAUGCUGUGACAACUGAGCUCACUGCAACCGAAGUUGUGGAAGAUCCGGCAUGGUUGGAUGAAGCGACCGCCUUAGUAACAAGCAAUAUUGAUAAGGCUGCACUGACUGCUUGUGCGGCUAAGUUGUUGGUUAGCCGUGCAGACACCGUCGUAUUUCGUUGGAAGAGGCCGGUACCAAACUUUCCAAAAGUGCUGCUAGACUUACUGUAUGAUUUUAAAGAUUAUCCGAACUUGUUCGGCUAUUUUGUUCGAGAUGGACCAGCUCAAAUUCUGGACAAUGGCAAUGGAAAUGUAGAAUGGGGGGGGG